CUUGGUUCAAAGGGUCAGGCCCCGCCCCCGUAGACCCCGAGCCCGCUUUGAAGUGCCGAUGCGGCUUGGAAGGGGCCACUUCACACCUCAGGCAGGGAUAAAGCGGUCGCCGGCCGCCGGCCCCCAGACGCGCCGCCGCCAUGGCCCAGCCCCUACGCCCGCCGCUCUCCGGGUCCUGGAUCCUCCCCGCGGGCUGGGGUCCGGCCCGGCCGCCGCCGCCCUCCGACGGCGACUUCGGCGGCUCCCCCGCCUCGUCUCCGGAUUCCUGGGGCAGCGCCGCGCCCGGCAGCCCCGCGCCGAGCCCCGGGCGGCCCCGCGCGUACGCUGCCCCUCGCGCCCGGCGGGCGGGGAGGCGCGGCAGCGGGCAGCGGCAGAGCGCCAGUGAGCGCGAGAAGCUGCGCAUGCGCACGCUCGCCCGCGCCCUGCACGAGCUGCGCCGCUUCCUGCCGCCGUCCGUGGCGCCCGCCGGCCAGAGUCUGACCAAGAUCGAGACGCUGCGCCUGGCCAUCCGCUACAUCGGCCACCUGUCGGCCGUGCUGGGCCUCAGCGAGGAGAGCCUGCAGCGCCGGCGUCGGCGACGCGACGAGGCGGCGCUCCCCCGGGGCUGUCCGCUCUGCCCCGACGGCGGCCCCGCGCAGGCGCAGACGCAGGUGCGCGGCUCCGGCCCGGGCUCGGCGGCCAGCGGCGCGGCGUGCUGGGGGUCCCCGCCCGCCUGCCCCGGAGCCCUGCCGGCGUCCGGACAGCGCGACCCGCCGGUGCUUCACGACGAGGCGGCGUGCCCGGGAGGGCGGGCGAUGGAGCUGGGCCGCUCGUCUCCGCCCUUUCCCGGCGACGUGCUGGCCCUGCUGGAGACCUGGAUGCCCCUCUCGCCCCUGGAGUGGCCACCGGCCUGAGUAGUUAAAUGACGACGGACAACUGGCGCCCUGUGAGCACCGAGACCUUUUUGGCCUCAGCACCUUCGAAGUGGUCGCUCUCCAAGGCGCCCUCUCCGGGAAGAGGACGCUGGCGACACUGGCCUGGGCAUUCCUGAGUCAGAGCCUGCCCCCAUCCGGACGUACCUCCCCAGCCCCUCCCGUGGUGGAGGGACCCAUAGCGUAGACGCUGUGAGGCAGGCAGGUGGUUCUGCCUAGCAUGUAUUUAUUUAUUUGUGAAUAAACUGCUGGUGUCAAAUGGCAA